CCAGCUGAAGUAGACCAGCCGCGAGACGCUGAGGUCAGUCUAGAGCAGACAUGCAGAUGUUUUGUUGGGGAGACAGCUCGAGUGGACAGUUUGGGGUCCAAGCAGCCCUGAGCCCGGUGUCCUGGACCGGGCCCGGAACCGUAACCGACAUCUGCUGCGGAGAGCAGCACACCUUAUUCCUCAGAGCCGACGGCAAAGUUUUAUCAUGUGGACACAACUCGCAGGGCCGACUUGGUCGAAGGAACCAAAGUGGAAAGAUGCUUGGGUCUGUGGAGGGACUCGGUGAUGUUGUCGCCAUGGCUUGUGGUCAGGACCAUUGUCUGGCUGUAUGUUCUUCUGGACAAGUGUUUUCUUGGGGGGCAGGAGAAGAUGGGCAGCUUGGGCUUGCACAAAGGCACCCCAGCAACAACCUUAGACCCAGCCGAGUGCCCAUCCCAUUGCCCAUACAGGUAAUCCAAGUGGCUUGUGGAAACUCCCAUUCCCUUGCAUUGACCAAAGGAGGAGAUGUCUUCUCCUGGGGUUUAAACAGUCAUGGGCAGCUGGGCCUGGGGAAGGACGUGACACUGCAGAACAGACCCGACCUGGUGUACGCCUUGACCGGAGUUGCAGUAACCCAGGUUGCAGCCGGAGGAAGCCACACACUGUUCCUCACGCUCUCCGGCCUGACGUACUGCUGUGGGGCCAAUAAAUCUGGCCAGCUGGGGCUCAACAGGGUGGAUGAAAAAGGCAGGUUCAACGUCUGCGUGGUACCUGCUCUCAGACCUCUGGGCGUCUCUUCCAUCAGCUGUGGCGAAUCGCACACUGCUGUGUUGACAAAGGAUGGGAAAGUUUUCACUUUCGGAGAUGGGAGCCACGGUCAGCUCGGUCACAACUCCACCACCACUGAGGUUCGGCCCAGGCUGGUUGAUGGUCUCGGAGAGACGGCAUCCCAGGUUGCAUGUGGGAGACGUCACACUCUCGUGUUGACUUCUUCUGGACGUCUGUUUGCUUUUGGUAAUGGGGACAAAGGCCAGCUGGGAACAGGACAGCGAGACAGCAGCUCGUCCCCCUCCGUAGUUCAGCUUCCAUGGGCCUCAGACAGAGCUGCUGCCACACCUAGUGACUUGAAGUUAUCAGCUGGAUGGGACACAAACUUCAUUUACACUUCACCUGCAAAGACCUUCAACAAUGGACAACCAAUUGGGCGGCUGGACGAGACAAAACUACAGAAGUGGGUGGCAAAGAAGUGCAGCAAUAUCGAGGCCAAAAGAGAAAUCGAGUCCAUGUUUUACACAAGUUCAAGUCUUGUUGCAAGUUUCACAAAACCCGAAGGGGCUCCACUGGAAGCUGGUGCUCUAACUGUGGACGUGGAGGCUGCUCGUCAAGCCUUCGACCAGAUGUUGGCAGUCCCAUGGAUCAAGCAAACAGUAAAUCUGCAGGUCCUGACUGAAUUGCUCGUUGCCUCAAGACGUAAUUUAAAGUCACCAGAGAUUCUCCUGAUUUUUCUGACAUGUCCGCUGGUACAAGAAGACUCAAACGUCAUGAAUGUGAUUUUGCCUCUGGCUGUCGUUAUUGAGGAUCUCAGUGAGAAGACUCUGGAAACUUUGAAAAGCUCUUGGUCGUCUUUGUCGGCCACCAUUUUGAUCAGGCACAUCAUGGCCUUCAAAAACGCCCUGGCUUUCAUUCUGAAGAACGGCCUGUUGCAAACCCACAACCCAGGAGCCAAACUGCUGCUGAAAGUCCUGAAGCUCCUUUACAAAGCGAACAAAUCUGGGAAGUCUUUCAAAGUCCCACUGAGCACCUUUUACCUGGAGGAAAUCAUUGUUUCGGGAGCUAUUAAUGUAUUUGUGGACGUUGCUCUUUGGUUGUCGCUUUCCAAAGUAGAGGACAACGAGAAAACACCCGUCAUUUUCUGCCGCUACCCUUUCGUUUUCCCUCUGAUUUGUAAAGUUUCUGUCUUCAACAUCUUGGCACAUGUGAUGAAGGAAUCUCAUCAUGUUGUUCAUGAAAUGGGUAUAUCAUGGACUAAGGAGUUUCUUGGAAACAGCCUGGACUCCCCUGUCCCGGUCCUGCAGCUGAACCUGAGACGAACUCACCUGCUGGAGGACACCUUCAGACAUCUUGCUGCAGCCGAUCACGCUACAUUCAAAAGAGAGCUUGUGGUACAGUUUGUAGAUGACAGGAAGAUCAUGAACGUCAACAAGAAAGACUUUUUCCUCCAUGUGUUUGAUGAGCUCAUGGCUCCUGAAUCUCAAAUGUUUAUGUACAACGAGAGUCAGACUCUGGCUUGGUUCCCACCCAAGCUUCAAGUGGAGGAAAGGAAGUACUUCCUGUUUGGCGUUCUGUGUGGCCUGGCUCUUUACAACCACAACAUCGUUCACCUGCCGUUCCCGCUGGCGCUCUUCAAGAAGCUGCUCAGAGUCAAAACGUCCCUGGACGACAUGAAGGAGUUUGAUCCUGUCAUGGCAGAGUCAUGGAGGUGCAUGCUGGAGGAUUACACCCCCGAUGAAGUCGAAGCCCUGGAGACGACUUUCACUGUCUCCUGGGGUGGUGAGAAAGCUGAACUUGAUGAAAACAAACCCGGAAAACCUGUCACUGGAUCUAACAGGAAAGAAUUUGUCGCUGCCUUUGUCGACCAUGCCUUUAACAAAUCAGUGGAGGGAGUGUUUAAACUCUUCAAGGAAGGGUUUUUCAAAGUGUGCAACAUGGAUGUCGUGGAGUUCUUCCAGCCCGAGGAACUACAGGCAGUCAUGGUUGGCCAGGAGAACUACGACUGGGAGGUCUUCAAGGAGAACACAAUUUAUGAAGGAGAAUAUCAUGCUGAUCAUCCAACCAUCAUCACCUUUUGGAAGGUGUUUGAAAACCUCUCAGCAGAAGAGAAGAAAAAGUUCCUCCUGUUCCUCACAGGCUGUGACAGAGUCCCCUUCUUUGGAAUGGAGAACAUCAGGAUGAGAGUGGCCAUGUUGUUACAUGCCACAGAGAUCCACUUGCCUGAAUCCCUCACCUGCGAUAACUUGCUGCUGCUGCCCAACUACAGGCGAUACCCGGUUGAGAGGACGAUGGAGGCCAGGCUCCUUCAGGCCAUUAAUCACAACAGAGGCUUCUGGAAGAAAUAGAAAUCUUUCUCCAAACACACCAUAUUGCUUAUUUGUUUUUUUAUAAUGUGAAACAUCUGAAUAUUCUUUAACCUUCUAAACACAUUGCAGCGAUAUUAUCUGAGAUAUGCACACCUGUAAUAGUUACAUUUGAGAUUUUAUCCAUAUUUGUUCUUUGUAUUAUUUCUCUUGUAGAUUAUUGAAUGCUCUGCUUAAAAAAAGAGCAAUGAUUGUUAUUUCUGCACUGUAAGAGUAAAUAAACAUUCCACGUCAGCAACGCCUUACAGUUCUUUAUUUUGACAAAAAAUAUUAAACUGAUAAAAAUGUACAUCUGUGUCCAACAUGGUGGUUUGUAAAUUCUGAUUUGUUUCACAGGUCUGGGACAGUUUUCAUUUCUUUUUUUGUGUGUGUUGUUUUUACAAGAAUUGAGCACAUUUUGGCCAUUUUGUUGUGCAAAUUCAGCUACAAACAGUUUAAAAAUAAAAAUUUGACAUCA